AUGUUGACUGAAGUUAAGGGCUUUUCCGAUACGAAGGUAGACAAACUGCUGACCGAGGCCGCCAAGUACGUACCUAUGGGGUUCACCACGGCCACCGAGUUCCACAGUCGUCGGUCCGAACUUAUUUCAAUUACUACUGGAUCUAAACAGUUGGAUACGCUUCUUGGAGGUGGUAUUGAGACUGGAUCGGUGACUGAAGUUUUUGGAGAGUUUCGAACCGGAAAAUCGCAGUUAUGUCAUACCCUGGCUGUCACUUGUCAGUUGCCUAUUGAUAUGGGUGGUGGUGAGGGCAAAUGCCUGUAUAUCGACACCGAGGGCACUUUCCGACCCCAGAGACUGUUGUCUAUUGGCGAAAGAUUUGGUUUAAGCGGAACUGAUGCUCUAGAUAACGUGGCCUAUGCCCGUGCUUAUAAUGCCGACCACCAGUUCGAGCUGCUGAAUCAGGCUGCUGCCAUGAUGGUGCAGACGCGAUUUGCCGUUCUUAUAGUCGACUCUAUUAUGGCUUUAUACCGAACUGAUUAUAGUGGAAGAGGUGAGCUGUCGGCACGUCAGACUCAUGUAGCCAAGUUCAUGAGAACGCUACAACGACUGGCUGAUGAGUUCGGUAUUGCUGUGGUCAUCACUAAUCAGGUGGUGGCUCAAGUAGACGGCAUGUCUAAUCCAUAUAACCCAGAUCCCAAGAAACCCAUUGGCGGUAAUAUCAUAGCCCAUGCUUCGACAACUCGUCUGUCGUUCAAAAAAGCCAAAGGCGAGAAUCGACGAUGCACUAUCUACGACUCUCCCUGUCUACCCGAGAGCACUGUUGAGUUCGCCAUCUGCGAAGAUGGUAUCCGUGACCCUCGCGACGACAAAAACAACGACUAA